AUGUACACAUAGACACAUGUACGUACAUAGACACACAUGUACAUGCACACACACAUGUACACGUACAUGUACAUACACGCAGACACAUGUACAGAUACACACAUGUGCAUACACACAGCCACACACACACAUCUCUAUAAAAAGUUGCAGUACUUUGUUGUUCACUCACAGAUCCGGGGUACUGCACACUAGGGGGAGGCAGUGAGCACAGCACACACUCCUUCCUUUGCUUUCACUGGGCUCAGCUAUUGAGCAGUCUGACGGCUCUCAGUGCCAAUGACAGAUCCAGCCUGAGCUCUGAGCCUGCUCAGCAAGACAGUCCUGGGGGACACACUCUCCCCCACCAUAAUUUCCACUCGCCGUUGGCGAGCAGGCGAGUGGAAAUUUCAAGGCCUAUAUAUG